CACUACUCGAUAUACAUCGAAAAUGGGGCGUCGGAAGGAGAUCUCUAUACCCUCUCCCAAGAACGAACCGAAUCCCUCAGGAGCUUCAUUGGAAGAUUCAAAACAAUAGUAUCCCGCGUGAAAGUACCAGAUAAAAAAGCUACCACGGCCCUGAUCAACACAUUAUGGUAUGAGUCAAAGUUGCGCGAAGACCUCAAAAAAAAAAAAAAACAAAUGCUCGAAGACGCACUGGACCGAUCUAACCUAUUCAUCGAACUAGAGGAAGAUAAGGAGGCCAUGGCAAAAAAACAUGCAACCACCAAAACAACCAUAACAAAAGACAAGGCGAAAGAAGAAUGCCGCGAGUCGCGACAUCGAUCGGAAAGCGAAAGAAAGAGGGAAGAAGGGGAUCGAAAGACACAUAAUUUCCAUGUCAGCGACACACAACGACCACCAAGAUUACCCUGGAACAAGUGGUCCCGAGAAGACGACCCGACGAGGUAUUGCGAGUUCCACAAAAGAAACGGACACUCAACGAUGGAGUGCAGACAUUUGCAAGAAUACCUACUCAGGAAAUACCAGAGGGGCGAAAUCAAACCAUCAGACAACGAGGGAACCAGAACCGACGCCGAAACCGAAGGGAUAAUUACCGAAGGACGUCACCAAAGAGAGAACCAACCCGUACGUAUCGUGAAAUAACUAGCGCACGGAGAU